AGCAUCGUGCUUCUCCAGCGAAGCAUCCCAUCGAGCCAAAGGAUUACGGGUUUAUUUAGCAGCCAAGGAAUUUCGAUUACCAGGAGCAAUAUGCGUGUCUCGUCGCUGUUCGUUGUGUGCGUGGCCUCCCUGGUGGCCACCACUCUGGGUCGUCCUGAGCCCCCAUCCCCCUACUCCUACCACGGAUUACCCCAGCAGCAGAGCCAGAGGGCUUUGCCACUAAAUGUUCACCCCGUGCCCCCUCAGAUCUACCAGUCCCUGCCCCAGGAGCAGUCGUUCGCCAACUUCGCUGCCCCCCAGCAGACCUACCUGCCACCCCAAAUGCAACUGGAGGCCAUCGAGCAAGUGGCUCCCACUGCCGCCGCUGCCGCACAGCCCCUGAAUGCCUACGAUGACAGCUACAACAUGGCCCACCGCCUGUCCGGAGUCCAGCAUGCCAGUGGCUACAACAACGGCCCCCAGGAGACCAAGGUGCACAAACACAUAUACGUCCAUGUGCCGCCAAAGGACUUCGAGGAGGAGGAUGCCAUCCAGACGCGUGUCCACCACCAGCAGGGACCCAAGCAGAAGCACUACAAGAUCGUGUUCAUCAAGGCGCCAUCUGCCCCGGCCAUCCGUCAGCCAGUGGUGCCACCACCACCCCAGAACGAGGAGAAGACCCUGAUCUAUGUGCUGCACAAGAAGCCCGAGCAGGAGCAGGACAUCGUGAUCCCGACGGCACCGCCCACCAAGCCCUCGAAGCCGGAGGUGUACUUCAUCAAGUAUAAGACCAAGAAGGAGGAGGCCCCCGUCUAUGGACCCCCGCCAGCGGAGAUGGAGCCCCGCCAGGCCACCGCCGAGGACUUUGCUCCUCUGGCCGAGGUCGCCGAUGUCCUGCCACCCACCACUUUGGCUCCCGAGCCGGAGGUGGAGCAGCCAGCCGUUCCCGCUGCUGUCUAUGGCCCACCCACCGCCGCUGCCUACACCGGUGAGGAGGUGCAGACCACCUUGUCCGCCCCUUCCAACCAGUACCUGCCCCCCGCCACCGCUCCCGCCAACCUGGCCCGCGAGGAGCCCUCGAUGGCGCCCAUCGUCGUGGAGGAGCAGCAGCAGCCCGAGCAGCGCCUGGCCCCCAUCUCAUCCCAUGUGCCCGCCGCCAGCUACGGUCCUCCCAACCGCUUCUUCCUCAAGAAGCUGAAGUGAAAUGAGACCCGGGCGAAGAGAAGGCAGUGAUGCCCUAGCCAAUUUCACACUUUGUCAUAGUCGAAUGUCCAUUGGAUGCACCUCAGCCCAAUCCCCUGUUCCCAAUUCACACAUGCACACGUGCCACAUGCAAUGCCUCCCCUCACAUGCACAUAUCGUUGUUUGUUCGUUUGUUAAACUUGUUACAUUUGUUUUAAUAAAGUC